CUCCGCUCCUCUCCCGUCGUGGCCCCGGCCUCCCCGCCGGGCCCCGAACUCGCCCGAGCCUCGGCGUGAGGCCCCCUCGGCCGGCGGCGGAACGGAGCCAUGUGGCGCAUGCGUGGUGGCGCCAGCCGGCACGGGCGCGGCGGCGGCUGCGGCGGCGGUGGGGCCUUAGGCGGCGCGGCCGGCCGGGGCCUGGGCCGCCCGGCUCGGCUCCGAGGCGGCGGCUGCGGCUGCGGCGGCGGCGUGGGCUGGUGCGGCCGGGCGGGCGGCGCCCGACAGCAGCUGGAGGAGCGGUUCGCCGACCUGGCCGCUAGCCACCUGGAGGCCAUCCGCGCGCGGGACGAGCGGGACCGGCAGAACGCGCGACUCCGCGAGGAGAACGCCCGGCUGCGGCUCGAGAACCGGCGGCUCAAGCGCGAGAACCGCAGUCUCUUCCGCCAGGCGCUGCGGCUGUCCGGCGACGGAGGCGGUGGCGGCGACGACGACGCGGCGGCCGCGGGCUGCGAGGAGGCCAGAACGAACCACAGGCCGGCACGAGGAGGAGGCGGAGGCGGCGGAGGCGGCGGCGGCGGCUCCGAGGAGGAGCUCAUCACCGCCAGGGCCUUGAGGGCCCGCCUGGAAAAGCUGGAGGCCAUGUACCGCCGGGCGCUGCUGCAACUGCAUCUGGAGCAGCGUGGGCCGCACUCGCGUGACGACAAGGAGGAGCCGCCACCGCAGCUCGAAGCCGCCCCGAGCCCUCCGGGCCCGGAGCCGGCGUCGGAGGAGCCCCAGGAGUCGGGGCUGUAGCCCG